GCGGUUCUCUCGGCUGUUGCGGGGUUCCAACCGUUAACAGCCCUGUGGCGUCGGCGUCGGCAGCAGCAGCGGCUUCGGGGGAGGGGGACCUGUAGCGAACCCUCGAACCAACACAGCCUGCCCCCACCCUCCCCCCUCCCUCCCCUCAGACUUCGGUUCGUCCCCCCCCCCCUCCCCGGGGUGGGGGAGAAAAAGGAGGAGAGAAAAGAAAAGAAGAAAGAUGCUGACGGCGUUUAUCGGGGUGCUCUUUCAGAAGGCGAAGGCCUACGUGCGCACCAAGGAGUUCAAGGACUACGUGAAGAGCACGCAUUUCUGGGGCCCCGCGGCCAACUGGGGCCUGCCGCUGGCCGCCUUCAAGGACAUGAAGGCGUCGCCCGAAAUCAUCAGCGGCCGCAUGACGUUCGCGCUUAUCUGCUACUCGCUGGCCUUCAUGCGCUUCGCCUACCGCGUGCAGCCGCGCAACUGGCUGCUGUUUGCGUGCCACUCCACCAACGUGCUGGCCCAGAGCCUGCAGGCCCGGCGCUACCUGCGGCAUCGGCGCGGCCUGCCCGACACUGCUACCGCCGCCGGCGGGGCCCCGUCCCCGGAGUGCACCUGCCCCGCGGCCCCCCAGAAGUAGGCCCGGGCCAGCGCCCGACCCCAGCCUAGGGUCGUGGGGACCUGCUGGGAGGCCGUGGGGGAACUUUUUGUGGUGCAUUCCAAGAAAAGGGAAUUUGAUUUUGACAGCCCGAGCCUUGAACCUCGUGGCGUCUUGCUGAAUUACACCUCCCCCCUCUUUUUUUUUAAGCAUUUUUUUAAUGGAAAAAGAGAAGUUAGAAAUUUGUGUGGGACUGAUUUUUCAGAACAAC